AUGAAGGAAGCAAAAACCGGGACGGGGGUUGCGAAGCCAGUUUACCCCGUCAUCCAAAGCGUAUCGCGAGAACGGCAUAGACACAAUGCGGAACUGCGCCGUGUCAAGAGCGAGCUUGUCAAGUUAGAAGCAGCGCAGGAUCAGUUAUGGAUAGAGAACGAGCAGCUUAAAAAUCUAUUGAAACACUUACCCGACGACAGUUCUUUAGAUGAAUACGUCGCACGCAUCGACGAGUUAGAAAAGCAGAACGAUGCCCUCGAGGAAGAAGUCCAUGAAUUACAGGGUAUGUCCCCCGACGAUAUCAAGGAGUUGCGGGCUGAGCAAUUUCCCACGCUCCCCCGUAACAGUAUAACACAGGAGGAUCUUAAGGUCGAAUUCAGAGAUUACGUAGAUAGCAUUAUACUCCUCGUAUACGAGUGGGUGCUACCGCUCCUAACAGACGAGAAACACGCCGCGGAGGUUAUCGAAACCGCCAAGAGAGACGGCACCGCCCAAGAUUUCGUCACUUGGCUGGAAGCGUACCCGGAUAUCGCCAGGCUCUCGUCUUUUAAAUUAUCAGCCGAAUACACAAUCUUAGCCGUCAUCAUGCGAUGGCUCAAUAGCGAGAUCUUCGGCAUGGACAUACGCGGCGUCGCCAAGGAGACUAUCACCACCCUGGAGCACAUCGAGGACUCUCUCGCCAACCACAUCAAGCCGGAACUGCGGCCCAUCGAGAUCGCGAGGUGGCGCCAGAGCACGAAUUACGCCCUGGUACAGCACCCCGAGUACAAGACCGCGCGCAAGGCCCACGAGCAGGAGCUGGCGAGCCUCCUGCAGGAAAUACUAGGCUUCCUCCCCGGCGUCAACGAAGCGGGGAUGCUGGACCGCAUCCGCGACACGAUCAUCUUCCGCGCGCUCGAGCUCAACGAGCUGUUCGACACCUCGGUCGACUACUUCCAAAUCUACGUGUGGGACUUCCUGCCGGGCGUCAGCACGGGGGAGCUGUCGACGGCGGGGGAGCUCUACGAGCAGCAGGAGCUGUUCGAGCUCGCGGACCCGCUCGACAACGCCAAACGGUACACCAUCGAGGACAAGAGCCCCGACGAGGCGACGCGGCGGCUCGACCCCGUGUGCGCUGUCAUCCCGGCCAUCGUGCUGACCAACGUGGAGGACGAGGACGACGCGGAGGUGUGCUGCAAGGCGUAUAUUGUUGCCGGGUGGGGGCUGCCGAAGACGAGGGACCGCAAGUGGAAGGAGCAGGCGCCGGGGUUUUUGAAUGCGUUGUUGGCGAAGUAG